GUUGCACUACUUAUCGUUGUUUUCAUCUGUAGACCCACAACAUUGUGUCCAUGGCGACUGCGAUAGAGACGCAGACUCAAAGCUAUUCGGCAGGCGCCGAAGUAGAUACUACCAACAAUUCCACAGCGCGGGAGCUGCUAAAGCGUUGUCAGGAUUUUUUCGCGGAGGUGGAAAAUCUGACCCCAGGCAAGGAUCUGGAAAAAUAUCUGAACACUCACUAUGGCGCAGGGAAUCCCAUCUACGAGGAUCUUUGCAGCCUCACUCGCAGGGGCGUAGAGGAGGGAUGGGCUGCAAACAUCGAUAUUAACGGGAGGAACUACCGGCGUUCUAAGAUUGCAUUGCCCAAGGAAGACACACGCUUCUUUUCAAUUACCACGGUGUACAUGGAGUCGGAUGACGUGUUCUCCGGCCAGUAUCAUUCGCACCCGUAUGGCGAGAUCAAUUGUGUCGUGCAGAUCGACAAGACCGCGGAGUUAAAGGGGAUGCAGGGUUGGCAGGGUGCUGGAUGGACGUCACCCGGAGCAGGAACACAUCAUUACCCACAGGUUCGAGGCGGCGCGCUGAUUGCGUUGUUCUUCCUGCCGGCGGGGAGAAUUAGCUAUACAGCUCAGCCGGAGGACGCUCAGCCGGUGAGCUUGUAGGCGGCGUGCUGUAUUGUGCACUGGUUUAGCCGCACAAGCCCAAAUCAACUGAGCAUGGCAAGGUCAAACUUGAGGUGCAUUCUGCGCGCUUGCAGGACCAAGUACUGUGUCGAAUGGAAUGCCGCGCGUCGUAACAAUCAAUCCCUAGGCGAGAACGAUACGAGGAGUGAGGACUCUAUGCGUAGCACUGCUGAGGCGGCACGCGCAGCUGUUAACAGCUGUAGCACUGCUUGCGACUCCUGCUCGGACUGGUGACUUGUGGAGAGGCUGCAUCCACAACGUGAACGGGCCACUCGGGUGCGGUGAGAACUUUGAUCGAUCGGUCGUUGAUGCAACCUGUAGUACCUAGUAGUCUUUGUAUGUCCACUUGCAGUCCCUCUACUGCUGUGGGUACAGCUCACUUCCUCCAGGGGUCAUGUUCAAA